CUUUCUUUUUAAAUGAUACCUUUGUAAGAUGACAAUUUUCAUUGAGAAUACUAUACAUCGGUGGCAAAACGCCUGAACGUCAGUCAAGCUUUCUAUGACACAUGGAACACCGCCUCCUGAUUGGAGAAUGAACUUGAAGUGGAUCACUAAUGAAUGUAGUCCAUGCAGCCGUCUCUGUAGAACUGGCUACCGUGACCGCUUGGUGGUAUAUGCAGAGAAGAAUAAUGGCAUCAAGACAACGCAUUUGUGGCCUUUUCAGAAAUUUGGCGAUUCGAGAGGACAUUACAUGCUGUUCGACAAGGGUCUACUUUUAGGCAUCAACUUGGAAAAUUUCAAACAGGACGAGCCUGGUCUGCAGAUCCUUGCAGCGUCCGAUGCAUAUGCCUCAUCAUCGUUUACAACGCUAGAAGAAACGAAUGGCGGCAGGAGCAGCAACGUUAACGCUGACGGCAAUGUUUGGCACGAACAGGAAGCAACAGACCAUAUAACGUCAUCAUUAGUUCUACAACAAACGCUGCCAACAGUUGGCAUUGCCGUUGGCGCAACACACGAGGCGGACUCACCACAUUCACCGCACGCCAGGUGGCAGAAGCAGGGCAAGCUGGUGACAGCUACAACGGCCACAAGAAACCACGUCACGUACAAAUGGUGUAUCGGCGAGUGGUCGGAGUCUUCAGGGAAGUGCGGAAAAGUGGGCGGCGCAGGUUUACGGCAUCGCACAAUAUUGUGCCACACGCCCGCAUAUAAUUCGCUGGAAUCACACGUGGAAGCGGACAUCGAAACGGUCGACAAUGCGUACUGUGAGGAUUAUGGACUAAGCCUUCCUGACACGUUUGAAAUGUGAAGCCAGAAAGAGUUGGGAGACUGGCGAGUUGACUUCUUGCAGCACUAACAUUGCUUUGGACGCAACGCAGCCAUACAAAAGCGUGAGGUGAAAUGUCGCUUUGCAAAUGGCGGUGAGGCGACGGAUGCCUGCAGUGUGUCACAGCGUCUCAUUAGCCGACAGGAGUUUUAUAGUGAGCGUUGCAAGGGGGUUUGGCGUGUGAAGCCAUGGUCUAUUUUUCUCUCUCUCUUUUCAUGUGUUGCAGUGCAUGGUUGCUAUUGUGGUCGCCAAGGAAUUAAAUCCCGCAUUUUACAGUGUAUUUAAUAUGGCACUCACCGACUAGCAGGCAAUGCCUGGCGACAUCAGCCGUGUCCAGCAGUUAUGAAAGUGUGAAAAAGACCCUCAUGCUUUGCACGAACUUUUGAUCAAUGCAAGGACGCUUCACGGUAUUGCCGCAAUGUGUGGUCGAUGGGUUUGUGCAGAUUACACCGUUACCAAAAAAAAUGCUGCAAGUCCUGCCAAUUCAAUAUAUAUUACAAUAAACAACAACAAAUAUUGGCAAAGUUAAGCAAAAGUAUAAAAGUCAAGGCUGCAGUGCAAACGCAUAGAACACAACAACACAAAUAACCUACACAUAAAACAGAAGCUCUCGAACUACACAAACUGAAGAUAAAAAAUAAAUGUGAAUAUUCAACGGGCCACCAGCGAUUAAUGUAAAAUUGAGAAAUUCAUGAAGCGAAAAUGUUAAAUAAGCAGAAAGACAUACAAACACAUACAUACAUUCAUACACUUACACUGUGCGAACCGCAAGCCAAACAAUUGAAGCGCAUGAUUUGAGGGCAAGCAAAUUACUGCUCAGUACUAAAUUAUUCAUAAAAUAAAUAUUUAAGUAUAUUGACUGAGUGCGACCAAAUUAUUUGAAUGAAGGCAAAUAAAUAAUAAUAUCCAAGGUAAAUCCAAAUAAAAACUAA